AUGUUUGACACUGACGUUGCAUACUUGAUCAAAGGCACUGACAUUGAUCGGCCACGCAACGGCAUGACCCUCAGCCACAACCUCCACCUCUUCUUUGGCGACUUCCAGGUGUUCUUCGAGCCCGUCCCGGACCAGCCGCCGCACACCUACCGGAUCGGCACCUUCCUCUCACGCUUCACCGUGGGGUCGACCCUCCCGACCCCCGCCUCCUCACGAUCCAUAGUGCCGUCGCUCACAUCCUCCACCUCUCUGCGGCAGCUGCAAGCGGCCUCCCUUAAUACCAAGGGCACUAAUAUGUUCCAAAAAGGCUCCGUGCCUUUCUGA